UUUAUUUAAUUUUUAACUUUAGAAGAAAAAUCAUCAUGAAAUUAAUAUUUUUAUGUACAUUAACGCUAUUUUUCGUUUUUAAAGUGAAUGGUAGUGCGAUAAUACCGAUAAUUCCUCAACAAACAUUAAUAGAAUGUGAACCACAAGCAACGGAUAAGUCGCUGUUUACACGCCAUGUACAGGAUACUGGAUCUUUUCUAACUGUUAAAAAGCGGACAGUUAUCUAUCCAGAAGAUGGAUCAAAUAAAACAAUUAUACAUUGUAUUAAAGCUAUCGAUAAUAUUGCUGCGACGGAUGUAAAUUAUGGUACGAUAAAAAUUGUUGAAGGUGGUAUUGGUCAAAGUAAUGUAGUUUUCAAAAUUGAAUCACAACGUGGAUACGGUUAUAACUAUGAUAUUGAAAUUUAUGGUCAAAUUAAGAAGUAAGAUGUAUUUAAUUAAAAGGUGUAUUGACAUAAUUUAUUUGGUGUGGAAUUAAAAGAAUCACCAAAAUUUUUUUAUUUUAUUUGUAUGCAUCAUACAUUUAUUUAAU